CUCUCUCUCUCUCUCUGUGCGUGUCAUGGUUGAGUCUCCCUCGCACAUCAAAUGAGACUACUCGCUUCUAAAACCCACCCAAGCAAUUGCUGCACCUGGCCAACAUAACUCUCUACCAUGUUUUCCAGUUUCCUUUCCCUUUCACCUUCACUUCCCACUCUGCUUCUUCUUUUUCUACUUCUCUUGUCUCUCCCUCUUGUUUCUUCUGUCUCCGCCAUUCAUGCAAGGAAACAACCACCACCAACCGCAAACAAUAGUCUCCUGUCAAUCAACCACAUGCUUCGCUCGGAGGCUGAGACCCUUUUCAAGAUCAUGGACUCUCUGUCCUCUGAUCAUUCCUGGAGAACUUCUUACCCCAACCCCUGUAAGCGUGGUUCAAUUUGGCCUGGAAUUGAGUGCCGACUAGGACCAGAUAACCGCCUCCAUGUCUCCAGGCUUGAUUUUGGUACUCAUCCGAACCCAACAUGCAAGAGCACGGCUACAUUUCCUAACCAAAUAUUUGCUCUUCCUUAUCUUCAAUCUGUUUUCUUCUUGAACUGUUUCGCUCAAACCAAAACCGUUCUCUCUGUUCCAUCAUAUAGACUGUCAAAUUCUUCACUUCAACAGCUCAGUCUGAGAUCAAACCCAGGGCUUUUUGGUCCAAUCCCUUCUCAAAUUUCCUACCUGAAGUCCUUACAAAUCCUCACGUUGUCACAAAAUCGCCUUUCUGGGCCUAUACCGGCUGGGAUUUUUAGGUUGAGCUCUUUGGUGCACCUUGAUUUGAGCUAUAAUAUUCUCACCGGUGCUAUACCAACUGAAUUGGGUAAUCUUAAAAACCUAGUGGGCCUUGAUCUAAGCUAUAACUCGCUUAUUGGCACAAUUCCAGGCACGAUUGGCCAACUGGGUUCGCUUCAAAAACUUGAUUUGAGUUCAAAUGCACUUAAUGGUCGUAUUCCAGAUAGCAUAGAGAAGCUCAGUUCACUGGCUUUCAUGGCUUUGAGUGACAACAGAUUCAGUGGAACUUUUCCAGCUGGAUUGCCAAAAUUACAAAGCUUGCAGUGCUUUAUCAUGGAUGACAAUCCAAUAAAUAUUCCUUUGCCUGUAGAGUUUGGAAAGUUAGUGAAACUACAAGAGCUAAGGCUUGCCAAUUCAGGGUUCUCAGGCACUAUUCCACCCAGCUUUUCACUGCUGAUGAAUCUAAGCACUCUGUCUCUUCAGAACAACAGAUUGAUAGGUGAAAUUCCAGCAGGUUUUGGCAGUCUCGCUCACAUUUAUCACUUGAAUCUUAGCAGAAACUUGUUGGGAGGAGUUGUGCCUUUCGACGCAAGUUUCUUCAAGAGGCUAGGAAGGAAUUUGGAUCUAAGUGCUAACCCAGGCCUAUGUUUGAGUCCAACUGAAGCAUAUAAUGUCAAGAUUGGAAUUGGAGUUGGUGUCUGUGGCAAUAGCAAGAAUGGCUCUUUGAUCGUGAAAUCUCAAGCUUCACAUGGGUUUUCCAAACCAUUCUUUCUGUUUCUUGUUCUUGGAUUGCACCAAAUACUGCUUCUAUAUUACGAUAUUAAUCACUUCUCUUAAUUAACUAUGCCGGUUUCCUUUAGCUUCUCAUUUUGUUUUAUUUUAUUUUUCUGGUAGUUCGUGUAAAAAGUUAGUAAUGAUAUCUGAUCUGAUAGAAUUUGAUAAAGGUUUUCAAA